UUAAUUGUUGGUGUCUUAAGUGUCGAAGGCAGCAAUAUUUUCAAGUGCAGACAAUUUUUUGUGACACGAAUGUCAGAGACUUUCAUGUUUGCGUGAGGCAUCCGUUUCCCCUAUGAAUCUAUGCAGCGCUGGUUUUCUGUUCAGCCAACGUUCAUCAAUAUUUGUGCUUUGAGCUAACAGUACACAGAAUUUUUGCCACAAUUGAUAGGUGUUAAAGCUGAUUCACUGGUCAGAUAAAGCAGGCCACUGGUACUACAAGAAAGUGUUGACUGGAUUUUGACACAAGAAUUUUAUCUUCAAAUCUACAAAAAUGUUUUGGCGUUUUAAUAAUAUGUGCACCACAAAUAUAGAUAACCUUCUGAAUGAUGAAGAUGUUACCUUACAAAGGCUAAUGGAUGAAGAUGAUAUAAUACAAGAAUGCAAAAGCAGCAAUAGGAAGCUUGUUAAUUUCUUGGUGAAAUCAGAAGUGUUGCAUGAACUUGUAAGCCUAGUAACAAAAGAACCAUCCACUCAGACUGCUGAAGUGGUGCGUUUUAAGUACAAUAAUAUUGCUGCUGAAUUGCUGUCCUGUGACAUUGCUGUCAUCAAUGAUGCAAUUGUGACUGAUGAUGUUCUGCUGUCCGAGCUAUGUCAAUUCAUUUGUAAUGAACCUCCACUCAAUCCUCUCAUGGCUUCGUUCUUUAGUAAAACAAUGGCAGUUCUUGUUGGAAGGAAAGCAGAAAAGAUGCUUCAGUACCUGAAACCAAAGGAAGGAUUUCUGUCCCAGCUUUUGAAACAUUUAGGGACUUCUGCCAUAAUGGAUUUGGUGUUAAAGUUGGUUACAUGUGUGGAAAACAAAAAUUCCAGACUAGAAAUUGCCCAGUGGCUUUAUUCGGAGCAUUUUGUGGAAAAUUUACUUGGUCUGCUAUCUGAAAAAACUGAAACAGAUUUGCAUGGAAACGCUGCACAACUAUUAUGUGAUUUACUACGCUUGCUGCGUGAUAUGCAUGCUCAGAACUUAGCAAACGAGAUGAGCACCGAACAGACUCAUCAAGGUGAAACAGUGGAAGUUGACCCUAUUCUCUGCGCAUUGGAAUCAAAAGCCAUGGUGGACCGCCUUCUGGGAAAUAUGUUAGACAGUCAAAUCUGCGAAAGUUCUAUUGUUCAUGGAAUUACAGUUUUACUGACACUACUAGAAGUUCGCAGGCCUCCGCAAUUAUUGUCCAGCGAGCCAGAAGUUUAUGACCGUUUUCCUCCUGAUCCAGUUGUAACAUCUUGUAUUCGAAACACAGUGGAAGCUCUUAUUCCUCGAUUAAAAGAUUUCCAUCAGAUUCUUUCGCAACCUCCCCAAGAGAAAAACGAAGGGGAUAUUGCCGUAAGUGCGUGCAACAAACCGUUUGGUUUUGUGCGGCUACAAGUGACUCGCCUGUUUGCUGCACUGAUUGCCACUGGAAGCUCGGAAGUACAAAACGAACUUGCUUCUCUUCAUACUUUUCCUCUUCUUUUGGAUAUGAUGGUAGAAUUUAGUCAUAAUAACUUUCUCCAUGCACAAGUGGAGCGCUCAGUCCAGUACGUUUUGGGACUUGAACCUAUUGACUUGCUUCAACCGUCAACGCAGUUGACGGUUAACGAUUGUUCUUUGCGAACAGAACACAGAACCCAGUCCGAGCAACCCACGAGUUCCACGCAUUGCCUCCUCUCUUACCUGAUGAUCGAUAUGUGCAUCGUUCGACGUAUAAUGGAUGCUUGGGAGCUCAACGACCAACACGAAAUUCAGCAAGGGGGCCACAGGAAAGGUUAUAUGGGGCAUUUAAUCCGAAUGGCAAAUUACGUAAUGGAUUUUGGAAAGCAAGGGAAAAAUGCCAUCAGAAUUCAAGAAUUGAUGCAAGACCUUCCUGAGGAACUGAGAGUUAGGUGGAAUAAUUUUGUGGAAAACAAAGUAACUCCUGCCAUUCGCAACAACGAAAUCAUUCCGGUUACUUCUCAUAUGGUAGCGCCUCGUGUUAGUUCCGAUGAAGAGGAAUCGGAUUUAAUUCGUGUGCCGAAGGAUACGGCUGCGCAGGAGGUGUUCGCUGAAUACCAGAUGGAAGUCAUGACUAAACCCAUUGUAACGCAAUUUGGUUUUGCCGAUUCGCAGUUUAAUGAUAGCGAGGAUCAGUUGAGGCCACAGCCUGAAACCCUGGCGAAUAUAGCCUUGCCACAAGAUGGAGAUGAGCUCACGCAGCAGUCAGAGCUCUUCGAGCAGGUUUGCAAUGAACGGAUGCAUACGCGACCGAAAACACUUGAUGGUGAUGAUGAUGCUGAAGACAACGAAACUUGGCUACAGAGCCGAAGACGAUCGAGUGAGAACGCAUCCACUGUCCGACCAGAAUUUGUUUCUGAUGAAGAAAAUACGAUUGCUGACGUUGCGAACGACUCGAUGGACAUUGAUAGUUUGGAUCCCUGGGCGUCAGAUGGUGAUUCAGGUAUCCCAGUGGCAGCAGAUGCCGGAAAUCCUUGGGAAAGUGUCCCAACUUGUAGCGCAGGCGAAGAAGAAGAACAGAGUUGGGCGAAUUUUUCUAAAGCAGAUUUUGAUAACCCGGCUGGUACAACUCCUAUGGAAGUAUCUGAUUCCCCAAGUGCAGGUUCUGCUGAAAACCUACCAUUAGUAGCAUCGACAGAACCCAAAUUCAUCUCCUAAGGAGCAACUACCUGACCCAUCCGUCAUUUCCGACCAAACAAAUGGCACUGUCUAGCGCAGCAAGAAAUUCAGCGACUUUGCAGACAUAAAUUAUCCUUUGUUUGGUCUCCAUGAUUUUGUUCACCAUCUGUUGUAUCUGCUUGAGUGCUGAAUAUGUAAAUGUGUACCGGUUCUUUCCUUUGAAAA